ACAAGCCUUGUUUUUCUAUUCAUACUUUAUAUUUUUCACAGCACUGUAUCUGCCUGAGACGUGACUGCGGGCCAAGUUUUUCAGCUCAUUAUUUUUUUGUCAACAAUUGUAUUUUCUGCAGAGGUUAAAAAUGUUUUUUUUUUUACAUAAAGAAGACAAAAGAUGCUACAUCAUAUUAAGUUAUCUCUAUUUGUUUGGGUUGUCUUGUGGUGAGCUCUGUUGUGUUGAAUUACAUCAUUUUAGCAGCUUUGUCUUCUUAUUACCACAGAGAACAUGCAAGGCGCAAUAACAGAGCUAAGAGUAUAGUCUCAACUAGUUUCUAUGCUUUCUACAUGAAGCUCUUCUGUAAAUAUAUAAAUGUAAUAUAUACACUUACAAAAACAUAAAUAUUUCUGUUCGAUAAAAUAGGCUUAAAAGUGAAUUAUUAAGGUUUCAGUAAGAAUGAAUUUAAGCCGGGAUUCUUUUGAAGACGCUUUUAUGAAGAACUUUAUUUCAGUUGCACUAGGCAUCAUCAUAACUUACAUUAAUGGGAUUUUUGUGUUUGCCUUUUUUAAUAAUCCAGUUUUCUACACUGACCCAAGAUACAUUCUGUAUAUUCACCUUGUCAUCAAUGACAUAAUCAUGCUUUUCCUUUCAGUCACUCUGCAUGUUGUGAGUUACGCUGCACCACUAGUUAAUGUUGGAGUCUGUAGUGUUCUGCUUUUGGUCACUUCAACAACUGCACAAAACAGCCCUCUGAAUCUAGCAGGCAUGGCCUUGGAGCGCUACAUUGCUAUCUGCAAACCACUACAUCACCCUCAACUCUGCUCAGUUAACAGGAUUUACAUCCUCAUCGGCCUGAUUUGGUUUCUGACAUUUGUUCCUGCUGUAUCUGAUAUUAUCAUUGUCUUGGUAAAUGAACCCAUCAGCAUUUUCUCUAGGUCAGUUAUGUGCUACAGCAAGACUGUCUUUGGUUCAGAUCAGCACUUUAUGAGGAUGACUGUGGUACAGAGUCUUUAUUUAUCAUCUGUGUGGAUUAUCUUGAUCUUUACUUACUUCAAAGUACUUCAGGCAGCAAAAGCUGCAACAACUGAUCAGGUUUCUGCCAGAAAAGCCAGGAACACUAUUCUGCUCCAUGGCCUGCAGCUCCUGCUCUGCAUGCUCACUUACAUUACCCCAUUUAUAAACUAUUUUUUCUUAGCACUGUUUCCUAAAUAUCUAACCAUAUUCUUGUAUUUAUCCUAUCUGGUGUCUAAUGUUAUUCCAAGGCUGCUCAGUCCUCUUAUAUAUGGAGUCAGGGACCAGAAAAUGUACAGGCAUGUCAGAAUGUAUUUAACAUGUAGUGCAUUUAAUAUGAAAAUUCAAGCUGAAACUAAUCAAAUUUAAACAUAUUAAAAGGGCAGCGCUGAAGAAUCUCAAUGCAUGAUUUGCACGUUAAUCAUAAGUGUUUAUAUGACUACUUCCUCCAGUUAUAUGUAACAGGUUAAGCCUAGCAAAAAGCAUGUUGUUUAUUAAUGAUAAAAAAUGUAGGAAUCAUAAACAGGUGUUAUGUGGUGAAAUGAUUGCAGUUAUCAACUGAAAGUUUACAUUUGAGUCUAUAGUUUUACUAAAGUCUUUCUCAGAUGCACAUAUUCUGUUACCACAAGGUAAUAUUUGACAUAAAUAUUUAAAUAAACAUGCCUGUGUGUGGGCUAAAAUUAGUGUCUCAAUACUUGUAAGUAAAAUGAGGUAGU